AUGUCCACCGAAGUUUCCCAGUCACUGGCCGCAAUGGCAAGGCCCCAGAUUGGCAUCGACCGACUACCCGCCCGCCGCGUCUCCAACGAGCCCCGCGAGGCCAUGAACUGCAAAAGCUGUCGAAAGCGAAAGAUCAAGUGCAAUCGUACACGGCCGACCUGUGAAGCCUGUCAAGUGUUCAACUGCCCGUGUAUAUACGACGCUGUUCCCAAGAAGAGAGGCCCCAAGACCGACGUUCUCGAGGCCCUCUUGAAACGUGUCGACGGCCUGGAAAAGCGCUUGGUUUCCGAAGGCAAGAGCGAUGACCCAACCGAGACCGACCCCACCUCCCAGGACAACACCACCUCAGCCGACGUCAAACGAAAAGAUCUCGCAUCCUCACAAUCGCCGCACGCGUCCUCGCCCCGUCGCGCGAGUGGCACCAACCAUGCAAACCAGUUGAUGUCGCCCAUCGAGCCAAGUAUACAGUCCCCGACCCUGGCUCCCGACCUACUUCUAGACACAUAUUUCGCCAGAAUCCAUGGAAAGCCCUACUACAUCCUGGACGAGUCGACCACGAGACAGCGACUGCAGGCCAAUCAGCUUCCCGGCCACUUAGCCUAUGCUAUUUACGCCGUGAGUGCCAGAUAUGCACCCCACUUCGGAGGAUACAGCUCUGCAGUGCGCAUCGGGCAAGAGUAUGCCCGUCGCGCUCGGCUGGAACUCGAGAUAGAUGAGCCCUCUAUCGAAACCUUGCAGACGCUCAUGCUCCUCUCGCAAGCAAGCUUCCAGCUGGGCAAAGGCAAGAAGACCUUCAUGCUGCUAAAUUCUGCCAUCAGCAUGGCCUUUGCGCUCGAUCUGCAUCGCGAACUACCGACCGGCAUCAAGGUCACACCCGCCGAACGCGAAGGACGACGCCGGCUCUUCUGGUCAUGUUACCUCAUGGACCGCUUCGCUGCAACCGGCUCUAAGCGACCCUCGUUAAUUGCGGAUGAAUCGAUUGUGCUACGAUUACCGAGCUGGCAGCUGCACUCUGGCGCAAUGCUAAUAGACGGAGACUACUUUCCAAACGGAUGCAAUUUGCAGUUCAUGGGCGGCACUGGAAAAGGUGGACAAGGAAGCAUGGGUAUGCUCAUUGGCAUAGCUCGCAUCCUGGGUAUAACAAACCGCUACCUUGCAGCGGGUGGUGUUAAAGGCGAUUCACAUUUCCCUUGGCACUCAUUAUCCAACCUAUCCAAAAUUCGCCAAGAGCUCGACAUAUGGGCAUCGGAGACGCAGGACACUUUCACCUCUAUCGAAGCUCUCUUUGGCCAACCCGACAGCACCAUACUUGUUCUCAGCAAGUUGAUCUACCAUCUUAUACAUUGCCUCAUCUACCGGCCUUUCCUCCCUGUGGACCUGGCUGAGCUGUCCGGGACCUCGCAGCACCAACCCUGGCAAAUAGAAGCGACCAACUUAUGCUUUCUUCAUGCUAACGCAAUUGCCGAACUCGCCGAGAUAGGAAGGGCCUCCUCCAUUAUAGAUUGGCCAGCUUUUGUCGGCUAUUGUAUAUGCACGGCUGGCACCAUUCAUGUACAUGGAGCACAUUACCCAGGAAGAGAAGGAGAGGUUUUCUCUGUCAGUGCAGAGUUUCUGUCUCGAGAGAUGCAGCAGCUAUCCGAGCUUCGUUUUGUUUGGGCUGGGGCCCAGCACCAGCGCGACACGCUGCAAACCAUCUACGGAUGUCACACAGAGCUAGUCCAGUCGUUGGCGAGCAAUCCCAUGCGCUAUGCUCCGGUCUUCCAACUUGAGGACUUCUUCGACAGAUAUCCGGGCCAGGUCUUCGACGGAGCGCACAUUACGUUUAUGGACAUUGCGGUCGAAUCCAUUCAAGAAGGCCUUGCCACUUUUAACAUCGAACAACGGAACAACAUGUACAUGACCAGCGGCGUCAUCGGGAACGCUCAGGGCUACCAAAAGCAUUCCGCACCCUCGCAACAACCACAAUACUCCAACGCACACCCGAACAAGAGAAGGAGAGCCACGACUUCAUCCUCGAAACCCCAGGCCCAACCACAAGCCAUUCCCCCAACACCCACAUCAGCCACUCAUCCUCCCACUGUCCAUACUCACCGACCGUCGGAUGCUAGUACCUCGGAGUCAAACUCGAACCCAAGCCCGGGAGACUCUAGGACACAUCCUAAUGACUCCGGUGCACGACCUUACACCCCACCAUUGCCAAAUAACUCCCUGAAUCCACCGAAUGCUAACGGUGGCGGACUUGCUCUUCCAUUCUCGCCGAACUUCUCGUUUUCUCCAUUGCCGCAGUUUGCGAGUCUGGCGCCAUCACCGGUGUCGCGUGCAGCGAACCUCCACCAAAACCAGGAUAACAACCAUGCAAUUCAUUUCGACCCUAUGCUGAGCAUGCCAACGCCGUACGAGCAGCACCCGACCCCCGGCGCAGGGAGCACAUCGGGCACAUCGGUGCACACAGACCCUGACAGCAAGGACCCUUUCCUCAGCUUGCUGGAACAACUUGCCGAGAACGAAGUCAGCAGGGGCGGUCCAAGCGAGCUGGACUUUUUCUUGAGCGGACAGAGCACCUGA